UGUACACUUACAUAUUGAGCAUCUUUACACUUGAUUAUAAAAAUAUUGGACCACUCCUUUCCAAGUCAAACACUAACUAUACUUCUUUCUUGGUCUACCACUUAAAAGUUUUUUUCCAAGACACACGCUAACUAUAUGUCAUCUAACAUUUAAUGACAUCGGCGGAUUUCGGAUUAGAAUUUUAUGGGUUUAAUCUUUGAAGGUUUUAGUACUGAACCUAUUGUAAUUGUAAAACUAUGAGUUUAAACUUAUUCUUUGGUGCAAUUUAAUAAAGUUUUAUAGAUAAAUUUAUCUUUGCAUCAAAAAUACUGGAUUCAAAUGAACACGAUAUUUCUGUGAUGCAUCCUCCACUAAUAAUGGAAAUCAUUGUUUUGCUUGUCAUGGCCGAGAAUUUUAAUGGAGCUGUGCACAAAUAACUUUUGCUAAAGUUGUGGCUAUUAACUAACUCACCUCAUCACAUGCUCUACAUAACUGAAAAAUUCAAUGGACAUCCCUUUCCUAUUUAAAGUUUCAAAACAACAAUGUUAUUGGCCAUAACAAGUUCCUUCUAAUUUAUGCAAGCAUGGACAAAGCAUUCGCCUUUUUACUCUUAACAUUCGUGCUACUUCACUAUGUUAUGGCUAGUUCGGCCGCGACAAAAACCAACAUUUCCACCGAUCAAUUGACUCUUUUUUCUUUGAAAUCCCAAAUCAUUUCAGACCCCUUUCACUUAUUGGAUGAAAGUUGGUCCCCAGCUACUUUUGUUUGUCAUUGGGUCGGAAUCACUUGUAGCUCUCGUCAUCAGAGAGUGAAAUCUUUAAAUCUUUCAAACAUGGCUCUUACAGGCAUAAUUCCUCGGGAAUUUGGAAACCUGACAUUUCUUGUUUCUCUUGACUUGGGAAACAACAAUUUCAAGGGAAAUUUACCUCAAGAAAUGGCACGCUUGCAUCGGCUUAAGUUUCUUGAUUUAAGUUUCAACAGCUUCAGAGGGGAUGUUCCUUAUUGGCUUGGGUUUUUACACCAACUUCAAUUUCUAAGUCUUGGAAAUAAUAGUUUCACUGGUUCCAUUCCUGCAUCAUUUUCUAAUAUUUCCACACUCGAGACUUUGAAUCUGAAUUUCAAUUUCAUAGAGGGCCAAAUACCAAAAGUGAUUGGAAGUCUUAUAAACCUUAGAGAACUAAACUUGAUGGGUAACAAGCUCAUAGGGUUUAUUCCUCCAUCUAUCUUUAAUGCCUCGAGGUUGGAGACUUUAGAAAUAUCUGGCAAUUCACUUGAAGGGAACAUUCCAGAAGGGAUCGGCAAUCUUCACGACAUGAACUGGUUGUCCAUACAAGAUAAUCACCUUGAGGGUUCUAUACCAUUCUCCAUUUUCAAUAUUUGUAGAAUCGAAUUCAUUGCAUUUACAAACAAUUACUUAUCUGGAGAUCUUCCCAAUGGUUUAUGCAAUCGUCUUCCAAGACUUAAAGGUCUUUAUCUAUCCAAAAACAAGAUUCAUGGUCAUAUACCUACAAGCUUAUCAAAUUGUUCACAACUUCAAAUGUUGUCUUUAUCAUAUAAUGAUUUUGAUGGACCAAUACAUAGUGAAAUUGGAAGAUUAACUAAUCUGCAGUUCUUGGCUCUCGGAUUUAACCAUUUAACUGGGAUAAUUCCAAAAGAAAUUGGAAAUCUUGUUAAUUUGGCGGAGUUAUGGGUGGAGAGCAACCAGCUUAACGGCUCUGUCCCAAUCUCCAUGUUCAAUAUCUCAUCGCUGCAAAUUUUGUCACUUUGGAGAAACAAUCUUAGUGGAUUCGUACCACGGGAGAUUGGCAACUUAACCAAGAUGCAACUUUUAUAUCUUAGCGAAAAUAGGCUUACUGUAUUUGCAGGUGAAAUACCCAAAGAGAUAAACAAUCUCACUGAGUUGGAGGAACUUACUCUUAGUUAUAAUAGAUUUAGUGGUACACUUGAUAUGGAAAUCUUCAACAUAUCAGGUUUGAGAAUAAUUUCACUUUCAACCAACAAUCUAUCUGGAAGCCUACCACCAAACAUAGGUUCUAUCUUACCAAACAUUGAACAACUUUAUCUGCAUACCUUAACUAAUCUUGUUGGGACUAUUCCUAAUUACAUCUCCAACUGUUCAAAACUUACUAAUCUAGAGCUUUCAGACAACAAACUCAGUGGCUUGAUUCCCAAUUCUCUUGGAUAUUUGACUCAUCUACAGGUCCUAAAAUUGAGCAGAAACAAUUUAACCAGUGACUCCUCGUUAAGCUUCUUUACUUCCUUAACCAAUUGCAGAAAUUUAACAUCUCUUGAUAUAUCUUCGAACCCCCUAAAGGGCAUGCUUCCAGCCUCCCUGGGGAACUUCUCCACAUCUCUUGUAGAUUUUUACACAGACGGUUGCAAAAUAGAAGGGCAAAUUCCAAAUGAAGUUGGGUACUUAAGCAGCUUAGUAGACCUUGAUCUUUCUGGAAAUAACUUGGCUGGAUUGAUUCCCACAUCAUUUGGCAACUUGACAAACCUUCAGCGUUUCAACUUGAGUAACAACAAAUUUACAGGAUUUAUUGGAGAUAAUCUUUGUAAAUUUCAGCGACUGGGUGCUAUUUACUUGGGUCAAAAUCAACUUUCAGGAUCUCUUCCGAAUUGUUUAGGGAACGUUACUUCCCUUAGAGAGAUACAUUUGGGUUCCAAUAAAUUGAGUUCCAAUUUACCAGCAAGCUUAGGGAACCUUAAAGAUCUAGGUGUUCUUGACUUAUCAUCAAACAACAUGAUUGGUUCUUUACCUCCCGAAAUUGGAAAUCUAAAAGCUGCGCCACGGAUAGAUCUAUCAAUGAAUCAAUUUUCAAAUGACAUUCCUAGAGAAAUUGGAGGAUUGCAAAAUUUGGUGCACCUCUGUUUGAGACACAACAAGUUGCAAGGAUUAAUACCUGACUCAGUGAGCAACAUGGUAGGUUUGGAAUUCCUAGACCUUUCUCAUAAUAAUAUAUCAGGAACCAUUCCCAAGUCUUUGGAGAAACUUCAAAACCUGAAGUAUUUCAAUGUUUCUUCCAACAAAUUGUACGGUGAAAUACCCUCAAGGGGUCCUUUUAAGAACCUCUCGAGUCAGUUUUUUAUCUACAAUGAAGCAUUGUGUGGUUCUUCAAGAUUUAGUGUUCCUCCAUGCCUGACUUCAUCAAAGAAUAGAUCAAUUAGGAAAAAAUUGCUAGUUCUAUUUCUUUCACUAGGACUUGCAGUUUUAUUUGUUCCUAUAACUUUUGUGUCUAUGUGGAUAAGGCAUAGACGAGGGGAAAGAGUUCCUCAACAAGCUAAUUCAUUGUCUACCGUAACAAGAGAAAGAAUUUCAUACUAUGAAUUGCUCGAAGCAACUGAUGCGCUUAGCGAGUGUAAUUUGAUUGGUUCUGGAAGUUUUGGCUCUGUUUACAAAGGCGUUCUCAGAAGUGGAACUGCCAUUGCAGUUAAAGUGUUCAAUUUGCAAUUAGAUGCGGCAUUCAAGAGUUUUGAUAUGGAAUGUGAAGUUUUGCGCAGCCUUCAUCAUAGGAAUCUCGUAAAUGUCAUUACUAGUUGUUCCAAUCUUUAUUUUAAGGCUUUAGUGCUCGAUUAUAUGCCUAAUGGAAGUCUUGAGAAGCAUUUGUAUUCGUACAACUACUUCAUCGACCUCAUAAUGAUUGAUGUGGCAUGUGCUUUGGAAUAUCUUCACCAUGGGUGCACGGUGCCUGUGAUUCACUGUGAUCUAAAGCCUAGUAAUGUCUUGCUGGAUGAAAAUAUGGUUGCUCACCUAAGCGACUUUGGCAUUUCAAAACUACUUGGCGAAGAUGACAGUGAAUUAUACACUAAAACCUUGGCAACAUUGGGUUAUAUUGCGCCAGAGUAUGGACAAGAUGGAUUGGUGUCUACUAAAUGUGAUGUGUACAGUUAUGGGAUCAUGUUGCUGGAAACAUUUACUAGGAGAAAGCCUAGUGAGUUUGAGGGAGAUCUUAGCUUGAAGCAAUGGGUAAGUUAUUUACUUCCUGAUGCAGUAAUGGAUGUUGCAGAUGCCAACUUGGUUCUACCGACGGAUAAUCACUUAAGGAAGAAGUUAGAUUGUUUAGUGUCAAUCAUGAAAGUGGCACUAGAUUGUUGUGUUGAAUCUCCAGCAAGACGGACAAACAUGAAAGAUGUUGUUGGGAUACUACAGAAGAUCAGGAUUCAACUUCUCGCAUGUUGAACAUGCUCUUCGCAACUCUUGUUCCAAAUAACUUGUUUUGUUGCAAAUGUUUACUAAAUAAUUGUAUUGAUGUAAAGAAUGUAUUUUUAUUUUAGCAGUUGCGUGGUACAUUGUUCUAGUUUUGCUUUAUAAAUGUUGGUAAAUAACAUUACAGUUUGAAAUACUCUUGUUUAC